ACGCUUAGUUCGUUUGUAGUCUGCCCUUGGAGUGAGCAAAUCCAAGAAAACAGGUAGGUUUUCUUUGUUGGGCAAGUGAGCUUUUUUUCACGAUGGCAGGGACUGGAGUAUUUGCGGACGUAUUGGAGGGAGAUGUUUACAAAUAUUAUGCUGAUGGAGAAUGGAAGAAGUCUUCUUCUGGAAAAAGUGUUGCAAUUAUCAACCCAAUGACCAGGAAAACCCAGUACAAGGUUCAAGCUUGUACACAAGAAGAGGUGAACAAAGUUAUGGAAUCAGCAAAAACAGCACAAAAAUCAUGGGCUAAGACACCACUCUGGAAGCGAGCUGAGCUACUUCAUAAAGCUGCUGCCAUCCUCAAGGAGCAUAAAGCACCAAUUGCUGAAUGCCUGGUUAAAGAAAUUGCAAAACCAGCCAAAGAUGCCGUUACUGAGGUUGUGAGGUCUGGGGAUCUGGUUUCUUACACUGCUGAAGAGGGGGUAAGGAUUCUUGGUGAAGGGAAAUUCUUGGUAUCUGAUAGUUUUCCUGGAAACCAAAGAACCAAAUAUUGCCUCACCUCCAAGAUUCCACUUGGAGUGAUUCUAGCCAUUCCACCAUUCAAUUAUCCAGUCAACCUGGCUGUUUCGAAAAUUGCACCAGCAUUGAUUGCUGGAAAUUCGCUUGUUCUCAAGCCACCAACACAGGGUGCUGUCUCUGCUCUUCAUAUGGUACAUUGCUUUCAUUUGGCCGGCUUUCCCAAAGGGCUCAUUAACUGUGUGACGGGGAAAGGCUCUGAAAUCGGCGACUUCCUCACCAUGCAUCCUGGGGUUAACUGUAUAAGUUUCACUGGUGGAGACACCGGCAUCGCAAUCUCAAAGAAGGCGGGAAUGAUCCCUCUUCAGAUGGAACUGGGAGGAAAAGAUGCCUGUAUCGUGCUCGAGGACGCAGAUUUGGAUUUGGUUGCUGCUAACAUAAUCAAAGGAGGAUUCUCUUACAGUGGUCAAAGAUGCACGGCUGUUAAGGUCGUGUUAGUGAUGGAAUCGGUUGCUGAUGUCCUGGUGGAAAAGGUGAAAGAAAAAGUGGCGAAAUUAAAGGUGGGAGCACCGGAGGAUGACUGCGACAUCACUCCAGUAGUGUCGGAGUCGUCGGCGAAUUUCAUCGAAGGAUUGGUGAAGGAUGCCAAAGAGAAAGGAGCUACAUUUUGUCAGGAAUACAAGAGAGAUGGAAACCUCAUAUGGCCAUUGUUGUUAGACAAUGUUCGACCCGAUAUGAGGAUUGCGUGGGAAGAACCAUUCGGACCAGUUUUACCGGUUAUAAGGAUCAACUCCAUCGAGGAAGGUAUCCACCACUGCAAUGCUAGCAACUUCGGACUCCAGGGAUGUGUGUUCACCAAGGAUGUUAAUAAAGCAAUAUUGAUAAGUGAUGCAAUGGAGACAGGGACGGUUCAGAUCAAUUCUGCACCAGCUCGUGGACCGGAUCAUUUCCCAUUCCAGGGUUUGAGAGACAGUGGAAUCGGGUCACAGGGGGUUACCAACAGCAUUAACAUGAUGACAAAGAUCAAGAGCACCGUCAUCAACUUACCAACCCCAUCUUAUACCAUGGGUUAGUAUCGCCAGUUAAGGAAUCCAUGAAGAAUAACUAGUUUAUCUUUGUUGAAUGGUAAAUCUGUGUUUAGAGUUUACUGCAACAAAUAGAUGUUCGUGAGUUUCAGUGCGUUUGAACAUAAUUAUAAUUUGUACACUAUAAUUUGAGGGUUUAAAAUUGUGAAUAAUUUAGAUA